UUUUAAAGGGUAUUGGCAGCAAAAAAUUUUAUUGCUUCAUCUGAAAGAGCAUAAAAAAGUAAGCCGAAGUUGUUCCGAAGUUAUACGCAAAAAUGUGUAAAAUAUAAGUUGCUGAUUCAGCACAACGUGUGACGUCAUUGGUUGGGUAAGUAUGUUUAAUGAAUACUAAACUGAAGCAUAGCUCAGUUAUUAUUGGCCCAAAUCAAAUGAAAUUUUGCAUACCGAUUGUACAUGACGAGUCAUCCUCGUUCUCAGGGCCUCUCGGCUGCACGCAUCCUCCCUAGGCCUUGGGACACACCGAACCGGAACUGCAAGAAAACUUGCACUAAUUUCUAAUGCGCAUGCUUGAGUGCCAGUGUUUGUUUACAAGUUUGUACAUAAAUUUAUAUACCUCGAUUUAUAAAAUACAACUUUACAAAAUAUCUUGAUAGAUUUUUUUUUAAAUGACGAACUUUGGCGUCGAGGUUCUUGGUUUGGCGAUAAAACAUGCUCUUCAUGUACUAGGAAGGGAAGAUAUAACGUUUAAACAAGCCCAAUAUGACGCUAUUCAUUCGAUUGUGUGUGGAAAAAAGGAUGUGUUAGCCGUUCUUCCCACUGGAUUCGGAAAGUCCCUGAUCUACCAGUGUAUUUCUCCUGUAUUCGAUUUUUUGGAGUACCGUACAGGGUCAACAAUCGAGCAGAGAUUGCUUGUUAUUGUUGUGUUGCCGCUGAAUGUGUUAAUUCAAGAUCAAAUUGACAAAUUGAAAGAUGUACAAAAUAUCAGUUUGCAUUGCAAAUGCUGACUAUGUGAUAUCCGUUCAAGAAGGGGUGAAUGUUUGUGAGUAAACCAGCGCAAAUCUUCAGAUGAAAUACCUUCAAAUUGUCAAAUUCUGUUUGCACAUCCGAAGCUAUCAUUGAAAUGCGAGAAAUAAGAUCAACUCGCGUACAAAAAAGAGUGAAGGCGAUAACUGUAGACGAAGCACAUUUAGCAGUUGAAUGGUAGGUGAAUGACCAAACUUUUUGCUAUUUUUUGGAAAAUCUCUUAAGCUACCCUCCAGGAAAAUUUAAAGUAACCCCCCCUUCCCCCAUAGGAUUUCCAGACCCCUUAUUAAUGGGGGGGGGGAGCCUAUAUUAGAGACCUUAAGAUUUGCGUUUACUUCGAACCGCGAACGUGAAAAUGUCACGUGACCUUCACCUUGCCGUCAAGUUUGCCGUCUGAGGUUCACGUUUGAACGCGAAGGAGUGCUUCUAGAGGUAAGUCAAUUACUGCAGAGUUUUAUUGCUACUAAACCAUUGUAAAGCCAUGUUUAUAUCCUGCAGAUUGCUUCUUUUAUUUCACAAGUACUGGAUUUUAAUAUUUAUGAGGUUCUAUAGAAAGUUUCCAGGCGAGUUUUGACUUUUAAAAGCAAGUUGUACGAGCACGAUGAAAACAACGAUGGCGCCAGGCAUUCCAAAACAAGUUGACUUUCGCUAGAUUUGCAAGAGUUUAUAAAUUGUGUACAUUUCUUUGAAAUAUCGUCAACUCAGACGUAACUUAGACAUUAACUGAUAUUUUAUCUAGAAAAUGGCCCCGUUCAGAUGGUCAAAUGUGGCCUAUGACAUAUUAUUGUGCAAGGAAGUUCUCGCACGAAGACCCUCGUCGCCAAUGGAAUGGGAAAGUGUAGCUGAAACCUUGAGUGAAAUAUUCAGCAUUGCAGAAAAAGUGGUAAUCCUAAAAGGAAGAGGUUGUAGAGAGAGAGUUGACCGUUUACUUAUGAAAUACAAUGAAGAGGAUAAGAAAAAUCUUAAAAAGUAAGCUUCUGUAUAUAUUUUGAAUAUAAAUUUUAGACUGUCAAUACAGUACAGGUUGAUAUUUAUAGACUUGUGAAUACAACUGCGUUUAAAUCGAUGUGUGUGAUUAAUUAUACGUUUUAGAUCAGGUACUGAAGAGGAGUACUCUGAACUGCAUCAGUUGUUAGAAGAUAUAAGUACUUACAAGAGAGAUAUAGAAGACUUAAAAAACGUAAAGAUGAAAGGAAGAGAGCGGAAAAAGGAAAAAGAAAGGCUGGACAAAGCAAAAGGAACUGAGAUGAGGAAUGAAGCUUUAUCUGGAAUGUCAA